AUGCUCUUCGACAAGUCCAGGGUCCCUGGUUACUUCUUUGUGCCUUCUGUGCAGGACAUCACUGUUGGAGAUAUUGAAAUAAAGAAUGAGUCUGCUACUUUGGAAUUUAUAUUGAUUGGUCUGACCAGCUCCCCCGUACUACAGACAUUUCUCUUUUGGGUAUUCACAUUCAUCUAUGUCACUGCUUUAGCGGGUAACUGUCUCCUCAUCUUUACCAUAUGCACUUGCAGGAAACUCCACACUCCCAUGUAUUUCCUUCUCUCCAACUUGUCGUUAGUGAAUGUCCUAUCAAUCUCAGUUACAACUCCUAAAUUGCUCCAGAUUCUUUGGACUCACAGAAAGACCAUCUCUUUUCAUGGUUGCAUCACACAGGUCUAUUUUAUAAUUGGCGCUUUGGGGACAGAACUUUUUCUCCUUGCAUUUAUGGCUUUUGACCGCUAUGCUGCUAUCUGUCAUCCUUUGCAGUACACAGUCAUCAUGAGGAAGGAAGUGUGUAUUGGCAUAGCCACUGGAGUGUGGGUUGCUGGGAUGGUCAAUUCUGCUGUUCAUGCUGGACUGAUGUCACAGCUUUCCUUCUGCAACUCAAACAUCAUCAAUCAUUUUUUCUGUGAUAUACCCCCACUAUUAGAUCUCUCAUGCUCUGACACCACUUUAAAUGAGUCUAUGACAUUUGUCUCAGAUGUGAUCUUUGGAAUCGGUAGUUGUGGGUUAACUCUAAUGUCCUAUUUGUUUAUCCUGAGGGCUAUUUUCAGAAUCCGUUCCACUGAAGGGAAGAAGAAAGCUUUCUCCACGUGUUCCUCACAUCUUAUUGUAGUCAGUUUUUACUUUUUCUCAAUUAUAUACACAUAUAUAAGGCCCAGCUCAGACUACUCUCUAGACAAAGACAAAUUUGUUUCUCUCCUUUACUCAGUUGUAACCCCAGUUGUUAAUCCAGUUAUAUAUUCUCUAAGAAACAAAGAUUUUAAAGAAGCACUCAAAGCUCUCAUUGGAAGAGGCAAGCUGCUCCAGAGACAUCAAGCCUGA